CAACAUUUGGCGCAUGCGCUCAGUUACCUUGAGUUGACCAUAUAGCCGCUGUUGACAAUCCAAAGUGAACUUCUCUGGCUGAUAAAAUAAAGUGAACUAGGAAUUAUGACCACGGACGGAGAGCAGAAACAGCGCGCCAACUGGGGAAGUCACGUGGAGUUCAUAUUGACUCUGGUUGGAUUUGCAGUUGGAUUAGGAAAUGUUUGGCGUUUUCCGUACCUGUGUUUCAGAAAUGGUGGCGGAGCAUUCCUCAUACCUUAUUUCAUCUGUUUGGUUGUCAUGGGUAUACCGCUAUUUUACCUUGAACUUUGUUUUGGACAAUUUGCCAGUCUAGGACCGGUGAAAAUUUGGAUUGUUAACCCAGCAAUGAAAGGUUUGGGGUAUUCCAUGAUUAUCGUGUCUGCCCUCAUCAGCUUGUACUACAACGUCAUCAUCGCCGUGUGCAUAUACUACUUCUUCGCGAGCAUGCGCAGUACGCUGCUCUGGACGUCAUGUGACCCGGAAUGGGCGUCAUGCCAAUGCCGUGAUAGCACGAUGAACAACAGUGACCCUAAUCCUUGGAACUCUACAAGGCUUGAUUGCCUGAAUUACACAUUCGAUGAGGAAAAAGUCACAAAUCCAAGUGAAGAAUAUUUCACAAAUCGAGUUCUGCAUCAGACUUCUGGUCUGGAUGUUACUGGUGGAAUAAGUUGGGAACUUACACUUUGCCUUCUUCUAGCCUGGCUUAUCGUGUUCCUGGUGUUGACAAAAGGAAUCAAAACAUUAGGAAAGGUUGUCUAUGUCACUGCGAUAUUCCCCUAUAUUUUGCUGACGGCGCUUUUGAUCCGUGGCACCACCUUAGACGGCCACGUCGAGGGAAUAAAAUUUUACCUAACACCGGAUGUUUCAAAACUAGCCGAUGCAAAGGUAUGGUCUGACGCGGCUGUCCAGAUAUUUUACUCACUCAGUGCUUGCUCGGGAGGUCUUAUUGCCAUGGCCAGUUACAACAAUUUCAAAAACAACGUUCUCAGGGAUACAUUUCUUGUGCCAAUCAUCAAUUGUCUGACUAGUUUCUACGCUGGAUUUGUAAUUUUCGCUUCCCUUGGGUUUAUGGCUGAUAAAAAAGGCGUUUCUGUCGAAGAUGUCGCCGCAGGAGGCCCUGGCUUAGCGUUCAUCGCCUACCCAGAAGCCCUUGCACAGAUGCCAGCAGCUCCGGUCUGGGCGGUCUUGUUCUUCCUAAUGAUGAUGAUGCUGGGAUUUAGUUCCGAGUUUUCAAUAGUAGAGACAGUACUUACUGGAGUUCUUGAUGACUUCCCAUCUAUUACGAAGUCAAAGUUCAAAACCGUAUUAUUCCGUGCAGGAUAUUGUAUUGUGGGAUUUGUUUUAGGCCUGCCAAUGGUUACAGGGUGCGGAUUUCAUUUAUUGGAUUUAGUUGACAAUGCGACUGGCGGAUUUCCGCUUCUGUUUGUCGGUUUCUUUGAAGUCGUUGCUAUUGCUUAUAUUUACGGAAUUCUUAAAUUUAGAAAAGACAUAUUGAUGAUGCUUGGAGACACACCUUUACUGAGAAAAAUAACAAAGUUUUCGUUUGUCUACUUUGGACCAAUGUGGAUGUUGGUCACGCCAUUAUGUCUUUUGGCUGUGAUCGUAUUCAAAUGCAUCCAAUAUACCCCGAAACACGAGGAAGAUUCCGAGGUUUUCCCCAAGUGGGCAGACGCCAUCUGGUGGUUGAUUGUUUUGGCGCCAAUUGUGUGUAUACCUAUUUGGUUCCUGGCAUAUUUCUUUCGUAAAGGAGGUUGGCGUGUACUUUGCGACGUGAACAGUCCGAAAAAACAAUGGGGACCAUCGUUAAAAGAAAACAGAACUGGCAAAUAUGGAGACAGUCAGAUGGCGACAACAUACCCAGCUUACGUAAGGCAGAUAAAGUCGUGGCAAUUGUACAUGAAUAUAAAGCAUUUUUUCUGGUUUGGACGAUCCCCGAGUUUUAUUCUACUACUUAGUACCCCUGGCUAUCUGUAA